UACUUUUCACCUGGAAUCAAUCACACAGCCACGCAGCUCUUUCUUAAAGCUCUCGUCAUUGUCUUCUCGGCAUUAGGGCUUGGCUUUGAUCGAUUGUGCGGCACUGUGAUCCAUCGAGCUCUCAGCGGUGUUUUCCAUCGAUUGAUGCCACUAGCGACGACGACGACCAAGCUCUGAUUCGACGCUAGCUCUGGAUUCCGCUACAGCCAUUCUCCUGCUUCCUUGAUCCCAUCUCUAAAAAAGCCUGUCAAUCAUGUAAAGCUCUCCUCUUUCCACUUCUCCCGACCUUUCCAAAAUCUUUUCCAAAAAAAAGAAGAAAAUCCUGCUCGGAUGAUGGGGUUCUCUUGAAUCACCACUAGCUCAUCGAGCAACAAAAAAGAAAAAACAAAAAACAGGAAAAAAAAGAAAUUUUUGUUUUUGCUAGCUAUGGCGGACGAAGAACAACAAGGAAAUCUCGUCAAUAGCGCUGCGACUGGGACUGGGAAUGCGAAUGCUCCGGUUACUGCGCAGAUUGUCCCGGGCAGCAACAGCAAUGGCGUCGGCCCCGUGUACAUAAUGGCGCCGGAUCGCAUUUCCAACGUUUCCACCAGCUUUGGACGCUCGGGGCGGAUCAACAAAUGCUUCCCGGUCGACAGCUGCGUCAUGGAGGACGGACUCUUCAGCGAAUUCCAGGCCGCCAUCGCCCCUUCCUCAAUCUCGCGCCGCAAAAAGAUUGGAGCAGAGUUCAUUGGCACCUUCAUGCUCAUCUUCGCCGGGACAGCCACCGCCAUUGUCAACGAGAAGACUUCCGGGAGCAUCACCACUGUGGGACUGGCCGCCACCUCGGGCCUCGCGGUCAUGAUCGUCAUCCUUGCCACCGGCCAUAUCUCGGGAGCUCAUCUCAAUCCCUCGCUCACGCUCUCCUUCGCAGCACUCCGCCACUUCCCGUGGGUUGAGGUUCCUCUCUACAUCGGUGCCCAGGUCGCGGCGUCCAUCUGUGCCGCGUUUGCGCUCAAGGGCAUCUUUAAUCCUUUCAUGCAUGGCGGCGUCACGAUCCCGUCUGGAAGCUACUGGGAGUCUUUUGUUCUCGAGUUUAUCAUCUCCUUCAACCUCAUGUUCGUCGUCACUGCCGUGGCCACAGACUCACGGGCCGUGGGGGAGCUUGCGGGGAUCGCCGUAGGAGCAACUGUCAUGCUCAACAUCCUCAUUGCAGGAUCCACCUCGGGUGCUUCCAUGAAUCCGGUUCGUACUCUUGGACCCGCGAUUGCUGCCAACAAUUACAAAGGCAUCUGGCUCUAUAUUGUCGGUCCAAUAUUUGGUGCUCUAGCUGGAGCCGCUGCUUACACGCUGGUCCGGCUUAAAGGCGAGCCUGAGCCCGGCCGUCCCCGUUUCAGCAUGCGGAGGUAGUCUUUGUCGUCCGUGCAUGCAUAGCUAUAUAGUUUAAUGUACUGAUACAAAUUAAAGAAAAUUAAAAAAAAAAUUAGGAGUAGCUUAGUUAAAAUAUGGAACACUUGCAAGAAUUACCUGUUUCUCUCUGAACUAUGAACACUUUAGCAUUAA